CACUACUUUCCUUUCGACCAACACACUCACUUGCCCAUACUCCGGUCGCCAUAUUGGAAUGCAGAUACCCCCUUCAGUAUCUCAUUGGCUGUUCCGCUGUUCGAAGUGGAAAGCGGGAGGAAGUGGAAGAGGUACGACAAGGCUUGACAGAAGAGGACAGAAAUAAUAAUGGACGUAACGACGUGUCUGAAGUCUCUCCUGCUGGCCAUCCACCAGUACAGAGACAACAGGACGGCCCAUAACGCUGCCCAGCUGCAGAAACAAGUGGAGGAGCUGUCAGGAAUGCAGUGUGUUCGUCUGCUGUCGUCGGGCCAGGUCCUCCCCAGUGAGUGUGUCUGUGGAUUUGUGGAGUUGGCAGGAGACCCUAACACUAGCCCCGCACUCACCGGAACCAUAAUCUCUCUACUGGCCCAACUAGUCUGUGAUGAUGAGAGCAGAGAUGUUCUCCAGAGCAGUUAUAACCUGACCAGCACUCUGGCCUCCAUCAUCCACUGCCACAGCUCCACCCCCAGGGAGCCGCUGGUACUACAAUGUUUAAAGGUGCUACAGAGACUCACCUAUAACGGACGGAUAUUCCACUGUGCCAACUACAUCCAUGAGCUCAUAGACUUUCUGAUGAGCAACAUCCAGUCGCACAAUGAUGACAUCACCAUGCCAUGCCUGGGUUUGAUGGCUAACCUGGUUCGCUACAACCUGUCAGUCCAGACUCACAUUAAAGCUCUGAGCAAUGUGAAGGUGUUCUACCGAACUCUGAUUAACUUCCUGGCCCACAACAGUUUGACGGUGGUGGUGUUCGCUCUCUCCAUACUAGCCAGCCUCACUCUCAAUGAAGAUGUGGGGGAGAAGCUGUUCCAUUCUAAGAACAUCCACCAGACAUUCCAGCUGAUCUUUAACAUCAUUGUCAACGGCGACGGAACCCUAACCAGGAAGUACUCUGUAGACCUACUGGUGGACCUGCUAAAGAACCCCAAGAUGGCGGACUACCUGACUAGGUAUGAACACUUCUCAGUGUGCGUGUCCCAGGUGUUGGGUCUGCUACAUGUUAAAGACCCGGACUCUGCUGCCAAGGUGUUGGAGCUGCUCCUGGCUCUGUGUGGUGUGUCAGGCCUGAGGUCUCUGCUGUGUGAGGUCGUGUUCCGUCCCGCCGCCCCACGGCUCCGAGCUGCCAGCCGCAGACAGGGGGCGGGCCUAGACGCAGGGCAGAAAACCGAGCCGGGCUUAGCUCUCAUCCAAUGGCUGAGCUCUCCGGCUGAGGGGGAGGAGUUAUGCUGUCUACAGGCCCUGCAGCUGCUGACUGAACUACUGGAAGAGGCAUUGGGUUCACAGGUCGUGUCUGUGUGCGUGUUGGGCUUCGUUGAGUUGUUGGUUCCAGUGGUGUUGGAUCUACUGCAGGGACUGGACCCAGCCGCACCAGACAGCCAGCUCAGAACACACUGCAUACGCACAACACACACCACCAGCCUGCUGCUAAUGCUGUGUAGUGAGGACUCGGUGUGUAGGGUGGUGUCUCGUCAGAUGAGCUCCCAGCUCUGUCUCUCUCAGGUGGAACGACUGCUCUCCUGUUGCCAUAACAAUGACCCGCUCACCUGCCCCCUCACCGGCCACGACAGUAGCCUCAGUCAGGUGUGUGGUGAGGCUGUGUUGAAGGCUGUGGAGUUGAUGAGUAAACUGAGACAGCAGGUGAAGGACAUGGAGACCAGCUUCUACAGAAUACUACAGGACCAGAGGAUGGUCACGCCCCUCUCUCUGGCGCUGACGUCCAGUCACAGAGAGCAUGUUCAGACCGGGCUUCGUCUACUGUUGGAGGCCACGCCUCUCCCAGACUUCCCUUCGCUGGUUCUAGGGGAGAGCAUCGCUGCCAACAAUGCAUAUCGCCAGAGGGAGGCUGAGCUGUCUGUCAAACGGGUUGCUGUGCAACAGGAUGUCCCAGCCCCCAUGGGGAAAAGUCUAUCAGGGCCUUCUCCCUCCAGCCCCUCCCACAGCAUUCACAGCCUCAUAGAGAAACUACAGAACGGCAUGGAGUUGCAGGAUCAGAUGAAGGAUGUGCGUGUGUCAGAGAUCAUGGAUGUUUAUGAACAGAAGAUCUCCUCUCUGGCGUCUAAGGAGGGGAGGUUACAGGAUCUGUUAGAGGCCAAAGCUCUGGCUCUCUCUCAGGCUGACCGCCUCAUCACUCAGUACCGCUGUCAACGAGCUCAGGCAGAGGCCGAGGCACGUAAGCUAGCAUCUAUGCUGAAGGAGGCUGAACAGAGGAGAGAGGAGCUGCAGGUGGAGUUGGGCAGCCAGGUGCUGGAGGCAGAGAGGGCGAAGGGAGACAUCGAGGAGUUGUUGCAACACAAUGCUAGGCUGCAGGCUGACUCUCAGGAACACCAGUCUCUCAAAGGAUCCUAUAACCAGCUGCUUAACAGGUUUAAUGAGAGUGAGCGUCUGUUGAAGGAGCUGCAGGCGGCUCAUAUCUCCCUCAUUAAACAGAUGGACACACUGAGGAAGACCCAGGACACACUACGACUACAGCACGACAAGGCUUUGUGUGAGCUGAAAGAGAGGCAGGAGCAAAUGAAAUCCUUUCAAUCAGAGCUUCAGCAGAGAAACUGUGACCUCACAGGUCUGCGUGGUGAGUUGCGGGGUCAGGAGGAGAGGGGGAGAGCGAAAGAGAAAGAGAGGGAAGAACUAGAGGAAACAGUGGAUAUUCUGAGGAAGGAACUCAACAAGACUGAGCUGGCCAGAAAAGACGCCAGCAUCAGGGCAUCCUCUCUGGAGCUGCAGAAAGCCCAGGUGGAGGCCAAACUGCAGAAGAAAGAGGACGAGCUGAACAAACACUCUUCUAUGAUCGCCAUGAUACACAGCCUCAGCUCUGGCAAACAGAAGAGUGACGUCAACCUGUCCCUCUGAGACACAAACACACACUGCCAAUCUGUCUCUGUGACAUCUGCACACACACACACAGGAUCAGAAGGAAUGGAUAUUUUUAAACUGAUUUAGUAACUAAUUUCUGUCAUUUUAAUGUACUGCUAUCUGCAUUUUUAAACCCAUUGUCCAUAUAUCCUGCAUUUACCAUUAUUUUACCAUCUGUUUUUCCGUCUGUUGUAUUGACGCCUAAAUAAAUAUUGACUGGUCUGAUGA